UAAAAUGAGUCAUAUAAUUAGUCGUAUAAUAUAAAGAGCUGUUGGCAUAGUAUAUGCAUAUUAUGUAAGUUGUACACAUGUCGGUGAAUCAUCAACAGUUUGCGAGAUCGCAUUCACCGAUCAUGAGAAACGAAAUUGUGUGACAGUUUCUCGAAGAUGAAACGAAAGAUCGUGUUAACUGGAUGGGAGAUCAGAUUGAAAGUAAAGGAUCGACUAAGAAAUGAUAUUUAUAUAACAAGAAACACGCGAAAGGAAUGUAUUCAAGAAAGCGUAGAUAUUCAAUUUUGCGAAACGUGUUCAAUCUUCGAGUGAUCUUUCUGCGUUUAAUGUCGUACGAAUGUGAGAAAAAAUGUUUGACUUGAAGAUACAUCGUCCAAGGAAUUUGAAAAUUAUAUCAUUGAUUAAAAAUCAACACGAAUGUGAAAACGAAUCAAGUGGUAUGGAAAAAGAAAUGAUCGAAGAAGGCGAUAUUCUAGAAUUAGAACCAGUGAUGGUUCCAUCUGAUCCAUCAGAAUGGAAUUCAAAUCAUAUCGCAUCAUGGAUUUCAUGGUGUACCAAAGCAUUUUCUAUAAAACCAGUACCGAAUAUGAUCAAAUUUCCAUCAACUGGCAAAGAAUUAUUAAAAUUAUCGUCUGAUUAUUGGGAAACCAUUCCUGGUGGAAAAAUUUUGGCGCGACAUCUUGGCUAUCUUCAAUUCCAGGCAACCGGCAUACAGACUCCAAAUUUGUUACAAGAAAAGAAAGAUGAUGAGAGGUUCAGCCUCUUUCAACGAACUUGCUCCCUGAUUGGAUCAACAGCUGGAACCAGCGGUUCUGGGGCGGUCGGAGGCGGACAAGUUCAACUCUGGCAAUUCCUGCUGGAGCUACUCUCGGAUUCGUCGAAUUCAUCCUGUAUCGCGUGGGAGGGCUCUAACGGGGAGUUCAAACUUACCGAUCCGGACGAAGUCGCGCGUCGAUGGGGCGAACGGAAAAGCAAACCGAAUAUGAACUACGACAAAUUAUCACGAGCGCUCAGAUAUUACUACGAUAAAAAUAUCAUGACAAAAGUGCAUGGAAAACGAUACGCGUAUAAAUUUGACUUUCACGGGUUGAUGAUGGCCUGUCAAACCCAAGCCGGUGUUACAUUGGAAAUGUCUCCAUCGUCGCGAGGUACAGGCGCAAAUUGUCAUCCUCAUCAUUCUCAUCAUACUCAUCACUUAUAUCCAACAGGACCAUCGAGUUCAUCAAUAUCAGCACCUCCACCGCCUCCAGCGCCUCCGCCACAUCCAUCACAUUAUUGUUGGCCUUAUCACAGAUAUUCCCCACCAGCGUAACAUAAAAAAUUUAUUGCUGUUUUUCGUUUUUUACAAUGUGAAUAAUUUUCUUAAUGAUUAUAUUAUCUAUAUUAUCUAUUAAUAUUAUAUAUACAUAAUUGUAAAAUUAUUAUUUUAAGGGAAUAGAUAAUUUUUAACAUGAUUGAAGAAUAUAUUUGUAUAAACUUGAUGAUUACAAUCCAAUGAUGAUUAAUAAACGGUAAGUUUAUUAUAGCAUAUAUAUAAUGUUAAAUGUAAUAUAUGAAGAAAAUGUUUAAACAUUAAAAUAAAAAUAG